UAGCAUUCGGUGUGUGCAGGUCAACCUCAACACCCAGAAGAAGUAUCCGCAUCCGUAACUGAAUCUAUCUGUGUGUAUUUCUUGUCGGGCCAAAGGACAGACAGAGAGAUGACCGCCAAACCGAAGUUUGUCUACGAGAAGGAUGACCUGGCGACCAUAGGCGAUGUGGAUGAGAACGAAGUGGAUCGCAUUGCAGAGUGCUUCAAGGGCCGCAGUCUGUUCAUCACAGGGGGCACUGGUUUCCUGGGCAAGGUGCUGGUCGAGAAGUUACUACGCUCGUGUGGCGAACUGAAACACAUUUAUCUGCUCAUUCGGCCCAAGAAGGGCAAGGAUCCGCAGGAGCGCAUCAAGGAUAUAUUCCAGAAUGUGCUCUUUGACCAGGUGAAGCAGCAACGCGGCGAGGAGCGCAUCCUGCAGCAGGUGGUGGCCAUUGCGGGCGAUGUCCUCCUGCCCGGCCUGGGCAUCUCCGAGCAGGAUCUGGCUACGCUGCGCGAGGAAGUGUCCAUCGUGUACCACUGUGCGGCCACAGUGCGCUUCGAUGAGCCGCUGCGCAGUGCUGUGUUCAUGAACACGCGCGGCACCAAGUACAUGCUGGAGCUGGCUGGCAGCCUGAAGCAACUCGAGUUCUUCGCCUACUGCUCGACGGCCUACUGCCACCUGCACGUGAAGACGCUGUACGAGAAGCCCUACGAUCCGCCCGCAGACCCACACAAGGUGAUGCAGGCCUGCGAGUGGCUGUCCGACGACGAGGUGGCCACCAUUGAGAAGAAGAUCCUGGGCGACAUACCCAACACGUAUGCCUACACCAAGUCCCUGGCCGAGGCACUGGUGGUGGAGAAGUUCGACGAGCUGCCAGCCGUCAUUCUGCGCCCCUCGAUCGUAAUUCCCAUCUGGAAGGAGCCCAUUCCCGGCUGGACAGACAACAUCAACGGGCCAACGGGUCUGCUCAUCGGCGCUGGCAAGGGCGUCAUCCGCACCAUGUACUGCAAAUCCUCGGGCUACGGAGACUUCCUGCCCGUCGACGUGGCCGUGAAUGGCAUUCUGGUGGCCAGCUGGAGGAACAUCACGGCGGGCACCGACACCACGAACCGCGUGGCCCACAUGACCUCCUCGAACGACAUCAAGGUGUCCUGGGCAGAGAUCAUUGAGCUCGGCCGCUGGGUCAUCGAGAACAAGGUGCCGCUGAAUGGCGUGGCCUGGUACCCGGGAGGAUCCAUGAAGUCCAACUACUGGGUGCACUACAUCUGCAUGAUCCUCUUCCAAUGGAUGCCGGCCCUCUUCGUGGACGCCCUGCUCUGGCUGCUGCGCUACCCGCCCGUCCUCUGCCGUGUCCAGAAUCGCAUCUUCAAGGGCUUCGAGGUGUUCGAGUAUUAUGCGAACAACGUCUGGAACUUUGACAAUUCGGAGGCUGUGAAGCUGCGGAAGCUGAUGAACAACAGGGAGCGCAAAACAUAUGUAAUAGAGAAGAUCGAACUCGAUCUGAUUGAUUACUUUACCAACUGCGUGCUCUGCGCCCGUCGCCUCAUCCUGAAGGAGUCGGACGAGUCCAUUCCAGCCGCCCGUCGUCACAUGAAAGUCAUGUGGGUGGUGGACAAGGUCUACAAGGGCAUCUGGCUCUUUGGCAUCCUCUACAUGCUCUACAGGUGCCUCUUUGCCACAUAGGCGUCAGCUGCACCCGCAUGGGAUUUGUUUUUAGCUAAGUUAAGUGCUUGAGACCAAAAUUCGUGCCCUUCUCCAACCAAACCGCACUUCAUAUGUUUUCUUCUUAGCUCCUAAGUGUUUAAGUGUUUUAGUUUUUAGUUGGUGCUGUUGAUCGGGAAUGUAAUUGAUUGGAAAUGCAGCAAAUAAAACGUUGGUUUAUGUACUUAUAAAUGGAAA